AUUACUUGUCGUCACACACCCGGAAGUCAUGUUCAUUCAUUCUACCGGUUUCUGCAAGUUGCAUCGCAUCUCAUGGUAGCACUCUCUUCGGGACGCACAAGAGAUGUUGCUGCUGGUGCUGGGUGCCCUCCUCCUGCUCUUCUGCAGCCUGGAUGUGUGGUACUUCCUACGGGGGGCCCAGGUGUUUUUCCAAGUGUGGUUUCAGCCCAGAAUAUGGGACAUUCUAGCUGAGCAAAGCAUCGAAGGCAUGGUCCUUCCACACGAUUUGGACUACUUGGGCCACAUGAAUAACUCUCGGUAUCUGAGGGAAUGUGACUUUGCUCGCUUCCACCAUUACAUGAGAAAUGGGUUGUUCAUGGCCUCACGCAAACUGGGGGCCAGAUUGGUGGUAGGGGCCUCCACCAUCCGGUACCGGCGCUCUUUGGCCUUCCGUGAGGCUUUUGAGAUUCGAACCAAAAUAGUAAGCUGGGAUGAGAAGGCCUUUUACCUGGAGCAGCGCUUCGUGUCAAAGAAAGAUGGCUUUGUGUCGGCAGUCAUGCUCUGUAGGCAGAAUGUGGUGCACUGCAGCCCAGAGAGGAUUAUCGAAUUUAUCUGCAAAAGGAAGAUCGAGUGCCCAGAGUUUCCCGAGGACCUCAAACACUGGGUCAGCUUCAUUUCAGCCAGCAGCCAGGCCCUGAGAGCAGAGAGUGGACUGGAAGAGAAGAACAAGUGAAACCACACCAUGACGCCACAUUUCAUGAGUGUAGACACAUAUCAUAGCAUUGCACGUAGAUAUACAGUAAACACACACACAACAACAACAACAACAGUGAAACAUUGUAGAGAGUUUUAGUUGACUUUGAAGAUUCCACUUACCUCUGUUUUGGGUUUAUCCUACCUGUUGUGUAUUUCAGUAUGAUGUUAAACUUAGAACAGCUAAAUAUGAAAACUUGAACUAUAAGAUGUUCUAUGAUUUAAAAUGCAGCGUAUGCAUUGGGAUCAUGAUGAAAGUUUUUCUUUUAAAAAGAAAGUGAAACAGGAACAUAGCUUUAUCCUCGCUGCUUAUUGAGUAGUUGACUGUGAGUAGACUGGCAUCUUCGUUCUCAUUUAGCAAUAUCUUCGACCUUCAGAUAAGCAUGUAGAGCAAAAAUUAAUCUUCCACUGACAUCAAUGCAUGUUUUGAAACAACCAGAAUAUUUUUGUGCCUGUUUCUUGUAGUUAACGUAUACUUGAAUAGAAAUCAACACCAUGUACCAACAAUUGUUUUAAUUUUUCAAUUGGUGUUUUGCACAAGUUGACAAACCACAUUCCUAUUACCAAUCUGUAAGGGAAUAUUCCAUUUAGAAGAUCCACUGAUCAGGUCUUUAAAUUUAAAAUACAUGCAUUUAAAUUGCGGGCUCUUCUUGAUUGUAACUGCAUGUGAUUUUAAGAGAAAGUGCUUGAAUUUUGAUUGACAGCUGUGAUAAGAAAAUGCUAACACGAGGUUGCUGGCAAUUUUUCGAAACCUGCAACGCACAAUAAAAUCUGAAUGUUUGAAUGAUGUUUUUAGCGAGCCAGCUAUUUGAAAUCUGCAGCCUUUUUGUUCAGUGCUUCCGUUUGCGACCAAAGUAAUGUAUUAUUUCUGUAUGGAGGAAAUGGAAUUUCUAGAGAUGUAUGUCUAAUCUGUUUUAUUUAUGUUGUGAAUGCACUGACCACAAAAUCCUGUUCAAUUCACUGACGUCUGAAGAUAUAAAUAGUCUGUUUAUUUUCCGCUUAUUAUUUGCAUUGUAUUCAAAUGGAUUCAUGUACCGGACAUUAUUUAUUGUGUUUGUUAAUUAUUUAAAUGCAUUUUGAAUUAAAAAUGCACUGGGAACUGUA